GAUGGAUGGAAGUGCCUUCAUUGACACACUGCUCAUAAGCUCGCCGGUGUCUGUGUCCGUCGGUGUCUUACGUCUAAUGAUACGAUGUGAAUAAAGCCAGAUAGACUCGGCAUACAUCAAUCCACACACCCAGUCACCCAGCACCCAGCAGAGGGAACAGCUCUCCCAGAACGAACCGAGUAGCCUGCUCGUAGGGUGCAAACCAGCCCCCCUUAUCAACACUCGCACGGCACACUUCAAUCGCACACCCACCCUCGCACACCUCACUGUAUCUACUGGAAACCCAUGCCUCGAGAGCAUGUGCGUCACCUUCCCGUCCCAAUAUGCGCGCUCUGCAGCCACUUGCUUCCUGAGCAGCGAAUCUCGCUCCUGGUCCUGCCACUUCAGCACCUGUAGCAGCUGCUCGCUACGCUCCUGCAAGAACUUUGGCAGCUCCUUGUCUCGCUCGUCUAAUACCUGCACGAACUUCUGCAGCAGCUGCUCGAUCAGCUGCUCGUCACGCUUCUGUAGCAGCUCACUGAUGACAUCCCGCAGUUCGUUUGCCUUGUCGGGGUCGAUGGCCCUCGCCAGCUUCAUCGCCGCUGAUCGACAACACACACAGAUGGGAGCGUGAGCGAUGCCGGCGGCUGUUUAGAGUCAUUGUACCGUCUUCGUAACUUUGGUCAGCCGAGGGGGUGGCUUCGCCGCUUGAGGUCUCCGCAAAGAGGCGGCCCAAUGGCACUGACGAGGCCUGAGGGAGAGAGAGAAGGAAGCGGUGGAUCAAUGGCAAACCAACAAACGACACACGCCCAUCUGUCUCGUGUGUGCCCACCGGCGGUGAAUGGGAGGGCGUCACCGACAGCGGCGUCUGAAAACACAGAGUGGCCAUGACAGGUCGGAGGCUGUGUUGUGUUGUGUUGUGCUGUGUUGUGUUGUGAGCCGUGUACCAGGUCCUAGCACAGACGAGCCACACAGCCGGGACGCACCUGCACACAAGCCCACACACGAUUCACAGCGAGCCUCCGAAGUCCGCCCCUUUGUGCCGUACCUGAGCCGCCGCUACGAGUCGCCGGCGGCCGAAGAGGGACGAAGAGCGCCAUAUGGUCUGCGGACAAGACACACACCGAACCCACAGGUGGGAUGCAGCCGAUGCAGCCAGCCUUCUUGUGGCUCGGUCGGUGCCUGCCCUGCCGUGCCCACUGACUGACAGCACACCUGUGCUGUGUGCGUGGCCGACCACCAGAGAGCAGAGAAGCAGCGAUAACACAGCGACGGCCAAACAGAUUAUCUGCUCUGUGGAUCUCCGAUUCGGGAGGAAGCCAGCCGGGAGGAGGGGAGCGGUUUUGUCGAUUGCUCGGUGGGUGAAUCGGGGAUGGGUUCGCGGAGGGGAAGAGAUGAUAAGGCUGGGGAUUUGGCGAAUGAAUUCGUUUGAUCUGCAAGGACGCCAAGUUGAUGUGAUCACACCUGUGACUCCAUCGUACCCCUUUU